GCCGAGUGACUCAGCACGCCUGCCUGUUCGACCAUGCUAGAAGUUCUGCGCUGAACUCACGCAUUGCGCGAAUACUUACCCUCGUGCGAUGCGGACCAAGUUGUCGACGUUGCGUUGCACCUCCGUCGAGUCAUUUCGGAUUUUAGUGUGGAUGGCAAUUCCUGGACGUGCUCGAAUUCGCUAAUGCUGUUAGUGUUUUCAUCGAGGCGCAAAAGAGGAAAACGGUGGGACUCCGCAUGAUACGGAAAUGGCGAGGACUUCGACUGUCAUUGAGAACCACGCUGGCGAGAUGUUGUGUAUCAGUCGGCUCUCUCGAAUGUCGCCUCUUUGAUUUUUCCGGGUCACCGGAACUCCACUCUACCCUACUCCGCUUCAAUCAAUUUCAUACGAUAGGACAGCUGGGGAUUGAUCCUGUCGUCUUGGGGAUUGUAAUGUUCGUAUUUUCCCACCAGCUGUCGUUCGUUGUCAAUGUCAAGUUGUGAAAACUUCAAGCGAUAUGGUCAAGUGGACGAGAGGUCGACUUGCAAAGUACACUGUGACCGUCGUGUGCUGCGCCGUCACCGUUCUGCUCACGGCAUUCCCCACCUUGCUCGGAGGGUCAAAUGCAUACUUGCAGGUGUUCUCCGUCGUCGAUUUCUCUCCGCCGAAAGACCAUGAUGCGUCCCCAGUUACUCACAACAGCAGACCCAUUUUCUCUCUGGAGAAGCACACGUACACAAGCGAUGGCCUCCUAAUUGUCAACCCCAACGGCCCACACCCGAUUUUUGAGCUUAUGCAAAAUGCGGAGGCAUCGUGGAAUUCAAAGCUUGCACGUGCAAGUAAGACUCUGGCAGAGGCCGUCAUAGAGUAUAAACAACGGUACAAGCGCGCACCUCCGCUGGGAUUUGAUAAGUGGUGGGAGUAUGCAGUCGAGCACAAUGUCCAACUUCCGGAUGAGUACGACGAGAUUUAUCACGAUCUCGAGCCGUAUUGGGGACUUGACCCGGUGGACCUCGCGAGAUCGGUGGAGGAGUUAGGCACGCAGGACGAUAUCUUCACCGUUGUGAAAACCUUGUCGAACUUCGGGCUCGAGAUCGCUAACUUGACUGUUCACGAAAGUAAUCGUACUUUGCGUGAGCGUAUCGAGGCGAUCAUCAAUUUAACCGAGGAAUUUGGUGCCGAUCUCCCGCCUAUGCGUAUUCAAUUGUCUGCUCGCGAUAACCCUCGCAUGCAUACAGAUUGGAGGAUCAGAGAUAUGGCUCUGAGUGCUGCUAGACACGGGACCACAAUCCAACAGAGUCACUUACUGCCUGUCACCAAGGACGGUUGGAUACAAGCAUGUCCUCCGAAUUCUCCAGCGCGGCUCGAUCCUCCAGUGCUUCCAUCUGUCGAUUCCAACCCUGUGCUAUCUAAUAUGUCAGCAUCCAAAUCUUUUAUUGUAUCCCAUCGUGCUGCCAUGCAUCCUUGUUAUCAUCCUGAGAUCCUUGUCUCUCAUGGACAGUUCCUCUCACAUCGCCGAGGGCCGUUGCCACAACAGAUGCUUGUCCCUUUGUUCUCUCACUGUGGUACACUCCUUCAUCACGACAUCCGUCCUCCAAUACCCUAUGGAUGGACGUCCGGUGACCACUCCGAAGUUCUCGGUGAUGUACCGUGGUCCGAAAAAGCUGAUGAGAGACUUGAUUGGAGGGGAAGUCCGACGGGUAUGUAUGCCUCGCCCGAAACACUCUGGAUACAUGCACACCGGCAGCGAUUGGUGACGUUGACAAAUGAGAUUGAAGGGAGCACUAGCGUUCUGCGUGUUCCUUCAGACGCGUCGAGCCCUGUCGGUGAACCUUUACAAUUGCGGAUGGGAAGAAUCAAUCCAGCGUGGAUGGAUAUAGCGUUUUCAGGGAAACCAAUGGCGUGCGAAGAAGAUGCUGGGACAUGUAAGUUGAUGGAAGAGAUGUUUGAAUUCCGGAAGAUGCAAGGAAGAAAAGAGGAAGGGAGGUAUAAGUUCAUACUAGAUGUUGAUGGCAACGGCUGGUCUGGUCGCUUCAAGAGGCUAGUCACCAGCAACGCUCUCAUACUCAAGGUGUCCGUGUAUCCUGAGUGGUACACAUCUCGCAUUGCCGAAUGGGUGCAUUAUGUUCCCAUCCAGGUCACCUACACUGAUCUAUACGAUGUCGUCGCCUUUUUCCGCGACCACGAUGAGCUGGCAGCGAAAAUUGCAGGUGCAGGCAAGGAAUGGAGCCAACAAUACUGGAGAAAGGAAGAUAUGAGCGCAUAUCUGUAUAGAUUGCUUUUAGAAUAUGCACGUGUGAUGAGCGUUGAUCGCGAGUCCAUGUCGUAUCACGGAUGACCAUUGAUUGGACUCCGGGUCGGUUGAGAUUUAAGAUGAACUUUAUUUUUAUUUCGCUCCAGUUAUGUGGAGUGUUGGUGUAGUGUCGUAUGCGUUCAUAGACGAUAAUGAUGAUACAACGCGCCAGCGCUCAACAUCAAUUCUUGUAUCUACUAAGAACACACUCGGAAUGCCAAGUUCAGCUAUUAUGUACUUUGCAUCCUCACCGGAGGACUCCGAAGACGGAAGGUGCCUCGUUCCCAUAAACCAA